UCUGUGGGGAAGAUAAACGGUGUGUGGAACGGCCGGCUACAAACAACAGCAAAGAGAAGUCCGCAUACACGCUGACGAGAACAUUAUGCUUAUUUUCGUCAGUAUUUGAUUAAUAUGAGUAAAGAAUCACAAAUGAGGGCCGCCAUAAACCAGAAGUUAAUUGAAAUGGGUGAGAGGGAGAGGUUAAAGGAGUUGCUUCGAGCCAAGCUCAUCGAGUGCGGCUGGAGAGAUCAGCUCAAAGCCCUCUGCAAAGAGGUGAUCAAGGAGAAAGGUAUAGAGAAUGUUACAGUCGAGGACUUGGUUGCUGGAGUUACCCCUAAAGGAAGAGCCCUGGUGCCUGACAGUGUAAAGAAGGAGCUGCUGCAGAGAAUAAGAGCCUUCCUCGCCCAGCACUCGACAUGAUGCUCAGUAUAUCUGAAAAUACUGUCAGAGUAUCUGUCAUUUUUAUAUUGACAUUAUGCCAAUAGCAACGCCAGAGUGCUAUAAGUUAAACCAUUUCAUGGUGUGAUUUCACUCUUCAUUGUGUAUUUUGUUACUGCCAAUAAAGGUUGAUCAUGUUUGUACAUAAACAGUA